AUGAAUUCAAUCCUUUAUAAGGUGUUCGUUUGCCUCUUUUACGGAUUGUGCUCAUUCGGCCUCAGCUUUAUCAACAAAUGGAUUUUUGCCUUCUACGACUUCAAGUUUCCUUUCAUUGUAAUGGUUUAUCUAGCUACUUUUACUUCAAUUUGUUUUUAAUGCAGGAUUUAGCGUCACAUAUGGUGCCUUUGUUGAUAAUGGACCAAAAGCGAUAUGGAAAGUCCCAAAACUCACCUUAGAUGGCUGCAAAUCUUGUUUGAUUAUCAGCUGCACCUUUCUUUCAAACGUCUCAUUUGGGGUCAUAUCAUUAACAAAAGUCAGCAUCCCUGUCUUUCUUGCUAUUAGAAGAAUGGUCACAAUUUUGAUCUAUAUUGUGGAUCUCACAUAUUUGGGGAAGCCAUGGAAAAUUUUAUGAUUUUUUUAUAAUAAAUAGAGAGUAGGCAGUUAUUACAAAUAGAUAUUCAUUUUAAAAAGAUAUAGAAUUCUUAGGUGUCGUAUUAAUUACUGUUGGCGGCAUUUUAUCAGCUGUAUUUUUUAUUUAGGCAAACGAUUUCUACGCUGACUAUUUCGGGUACUUUUUGGUUAUGAUGAAUAAUGCUGCAACUGUCCUUCACUUUAAUUUAUGCAAAUCACUGUCGCAGAAAAAGCCAGAAUUAGAUGCUGGGGCUCAGACUUUUUAUAUGUCGCUAUUAUCUAUUCCUGUUUUGCUAUGCUUAUGCCUUUUUGCAGAAGAUACAAACUCAUACGAAUUAUUUGAUAGGGCAAAGCCGUUCUAUAUUUCCUUAUUUAUUACAACGGUAAUGGGAUGCCUUUUGACGUUUUCUCAAGCCCUUUGCAUUAAUGUUAAUUCACCAAUCGCUACUUCUGUUACUGGGAAUUGCAAAGAUAUUUUGGCAACAAUUGUAGGGUUAUUGGUAUUUUCACAUAUAUAUACAUAAAAAUGGCAGCCUUUUGGAAGGGAGUUUUGGCAUUCAGUAUGUGUAUUCGACAAUAAUAUUCAAUUUUUCGAAUUUUCUAGACCCCAUUGACUUUGAAGGUGUGAGAUUAUUGUCAGCGAAGUAGAAUUAUGGAAGGAAAUGAGGAUGAUCGGAUUUCGACUGGGAACUUUUUCUAUAAUAUAACUAAUUAUAAGGUAUUCCAGAUGUACUAAUCACACCUUGGCUCUUAAUAGGAUUAGCUGCAAGCUUAUCAGGAGCUAUUAUUUAUUCUUAUUCGAAGCUGCUAGAUGAGUUACAAAAAUCAUCUAAAGUUAAGUAA